AUGACCCUACAAAAGCUUUCCAAUAAUGCGUUGGCUUUCCUCUUCGAGGAAAUUCGUUAUGAGAUGGGUGGUGAACAAGUGGCUAUAGUUCGAAAACCUGGUAUUACUACCACACUAAAAAUUAUGACAUCAUUUGGUGAGACACAAAAACGAAGUCUGUUAACCUGUGGAUGGGGUCUAACCACCACCAAACAAGAUAUUCUCGAUGGUGCCAGUGGGACUUUCAGUGGUAGGCUCCCCUUAAAGUAUCUUAUGGGCUUCGCUGAAGAUUACACGAAGGGUAUUUUUAAUGUUAAGCAAGAAUUAAUAUUCAUUAUGGCCCGUACCUACAAUAACUCCUAUAUAGGUGAAGUUGAUGCUAAAAUUGAAAUAAGUAAAAUUGAGUGGAAAAUAAGACAUAUUGUUCCCGAUGACAGACAAAAACCAAAACUGUUGUCGUGUCUGAGUAAGGGUAAUUGUAAGACGAGUGUUAAAGUGGCCUACCGCAUGUGGGACCUCCACGAGUUGCCCGCUUUACGAGAAACAUCUUCGGACAUUUGGGCUAUAAAGACUAGCACUAGUCUGGAAAGACCUCGCUAUAUUAUUAUCGGUUUUCAAAAUACUGAUAGCAGUGAUAAUAGAAGUAUGGAUGCCACAAAAUUUAUUCAUGCUGAUAUUAGCAACAUUAGACUUUAUCUGAAUUCGGAGGUAUUCCCAUAUGAGCGUUGGAAUUUAGAUUUCUCCAAAAAAAUCUAUUCUUCUGCCUACUAUGCAUAUGAGAAUUUCCAAAGAAGCUACUAUGGUAAAGAUAUGAGUGAACCCAUGAUGGACCUUGGAGAAUUCCUGGAGAACCCACUGUUUAUUAUUGACUGCUCCCAUCAAGCCGAUACUUUAAAAUCUUCUACGGUGGACAUCAAACUGGAAUUUGAAACUCGAAAAAAUAAAUUUCCAGCCAAUACUAAGGCUUACGCAUUAAUUCUUCACGAUGCUUACCUCACAUACAAUAUAUUAGAUGGCUCUGUACACAAUGGUUUUCCAUUUCUUAAGUAG